AAUCAGCUCCUCUAGACCGCACCCCGCUAGAGUUUCGUCCUCGUUCAUGGCCGUCACAAGCCCCUCCAUCUCACCUCACGUGAUUGGUUCCACCAUCACCGAGCUUUCCAGAACCUUCCGAACCGGAGCUCCAUUUAUGGUUCGAAUCUCCGCCAAGAGCAACGGCGUCUCCACCUGUAAUGACCGCAACGACCUCGCUCUCGCCGAGGGUCCUUCUUGCAUAUUCGUCGGACCCAUUGAAACCGCCAGUAAAGAAACCCUAGAAGCUCUCUAUUGUCAGGCACGGGAUGCGUAUUACAGUGGUGAGCCUUUGAUAGUUGAUGACAUGUUUGAUAGAGUAGAGUUGAAGCUACGGUGGUUUGGUUCGAAAUCUGUUGUCAAGUAUCCUCGUUGCAGCCUUAGGCGACAUUAUACGUAUGCAGAUGCUGAGGAAGAUCCUUCACAGGUUUUCGCAUUGGCAAGCAUUUGGAUCCUGUUUCUUGCUUUUGGUGGUUCAGCCUGCCUUGUGCCUAUAAUCUACACUGUUGGCCAGGCUUAUCAAGAUGCAUUCAAUUCAGGACUUUCCUACAGCAGCCAAGCAUCUGCACUACAGCUCCUUGCCACAGCAAAUGGCAUUCUCUUCAUGGUAUUGGGAUCCGUGAUUGGUUAUCCAGUUGCUUCAGCUUCUGUUGGAGUUCUUCAAGGCUUGUGGAGGAAUGACUUGGUGGCGCUAAAAGGGGCAUGCCCAAAUUGCGGGGAGGAGGUAUUUGCAUUUGUGAAAUCGAGUCAACCUAAUAGCUCCCCUCAUAGUGCAGACUGUCAUGUAUGUGAAAGCUCUUUAGAAUUCAGCACCAAGGUUGAGCAAUCAACACUAGGCAGACGUUGGGUUUAUGGCCGUAUUUACCUUGUUCCAAGAAGCAGGCGGGGCCAACGCCGAAGACGGAUGUAAGAUAUACAUGUGAAGCUCCAUGUAGAUUAGCAUGAUUCUUUCCUAUUUCUUCCUUUUUGUCAAAAUUAAAUAUAACAUUACUUGUAACAAGUCUACAGACAGCGGCUAUUCUUGUAUUGUUAAUUGUGGAAACCAACCGACUUGAGAAGGCAUGUCUUCUUGUGUUUUUAAGGCGGUCUGAAAAUUAACCAAGGACCUCCUGCGGUUAGACCUUAUUAUGUUAGAACAUUUUCUUUAUUUUCAAAUAUUACAUGGAUCAUUUUUGUCAUGA